AUGUAUAUUUUUCCCCUGAAUAACCUUUCUGUUGUGUUUGUUUUUUUCAUUUGUGUUUGUAUAUCCUUUUACAACAUUCGUAUAGUUAAAGGAUUAAUACAAUAUAAGAAAACGAAAAUAUCUAAUAUUAAUUAUGGGAAAAGUAAUACAUUUAGUAUAAAUAAAAAUGGUGGGGGGAGAGUAAAAUACUCGGUUGAACGUAGAUUAUUCUUUUUAAAUAAAAAAAAAAUAAAAAAAAAUAAAGACAAUAAAAAAGAUAAUGAAGGUGAAAAUAAUAGUUUCAAUGAUAAUGAUAACAAAAACAAAUAUAUUUGGGAAAAAAAAAUUAUGGAAAUUCUUCCAAUUAAUAAUGAAAUGUUUGAAUAUUAUAACAACAAAUGUAAACAUAAAUAUAAUUAUACUAAUAAUGAUAUUAUAGAAAAGAAGUCGCUUAUAAACAAUUUAAUACUUCCUUAUAGGAAAAAAGAAAAUUUUAUAAAUAUAUUCUUAACACAUAUGGAUAAGUGUGUUUUGUUGGGUACGUUAAUUCAUAUGAAAAACUACUUAUAUGAUAAUGUGUCUUAUGAUUAUUCUCAGCAUGUUAGAAAAGAAAAUAAAAACAAUAAUAUGGAAAAACAAAUAACAAAAAACAAAAAUAAUAAUAAUAAUAAUAAUAAUAAUCAUAAUAAUUAUCAUAAUAAUCAUAAUAAUUAUCGUAAUAAUAAUCAUAAUAAUAAUCAUAAUAAUAAUCAUAAUAAUUAUCAUAAUAAUAAUCAUAAUAAUUAUCAUAAUAAUAAUCAUAAUGAACAACAUCAUAACGAUACACUAAAUAAUAAUAAUGUUGGAAAUUAUAAAGCACAUACCUUAUAUGAUAAAAUAAAAAACUUAAAAGAUGAUUUGAAAAAAAAUAAUCAACACAUGUCUGAUUCACUUAAAGUAGAAAAAUAUAUCAAUCAACAACUUAUCAAAUUAACUCAAGAAAUUAUAAAAAUGAGAAACGAAAAAAAGAAUGAAGAAUUAAAAGGAAAUCCAAAUAUUGAAUGGACUUUUUUUAUUAAUGAAAAAAAAAACCCUUUAAAUUGUUUUGUUUACAUGGACGUACCUAUUGGAACUGUUAUGUUAAAACCCAAAAAAGUCGAAGAUAAAAAUUUUUUAAUUUCUAUAAAUGCUUUGAAUAAUAUAAAAAGAAAUAAUCAAGAAAUAUUAAAAAAUAUCUAUUUUAAAAAAUUCCAUAUUACUUUUGAUCAUAUAUAUCAAAAUUGUAAUUUAAUAACACUUAUUGUAAAUAAAUUAUUAGAUCAGGAAUAUAUAAUUAAAUCAUGUACUAUGUUUUCUCUUUUAUCAAUAUCUUAUUUUUUAAAAGAUAGUUUUUAUCAGUCUUUUCUUUAUUUAUUAAGUAGUAAAAUUAUCUGGAAUCCCUUAUUAUAUAAUGUCUGGUGUAAUAUAUAUCAUACCACAUUACCAUUAAAAUUAUUUAUGAUCAAACAAACAUUUUCCUACACAAAUGUUGUAUUCAAUUAUAUUGUACAAUCCAUACGACAUAAGUUAAUAAAUCUAGAAACAUUUUUAUUGAACUCUUCUCUAAAAUCUAAAAUUCAAUUACACCAAAAAGAACAUAAUACUUAUGAUAAUCAUAAUUUUAAAAUUGCUACAGAUGAAAUAUACCCUGAUCCGAAUGAUCAAGAGGAGUUUCAAUAUAUAUGA